AUGCAACUUAAACAUCUCGUUAUUAUUGUCGCGGCUUUCGCUUCAACGGUUAUUGCACAAGAUGCAACCAAAAGUAUUACGGAUAAUGUGAUGACAAAUAAAAAUUUGACCACAUUAAGGAAUUUUAUCAGUGCGAAUGAAGAACUCUCCAAAGUUUUGGCUGGAAACGAUCAAUUGACUAUACUCGCUCCAUCGGAUAAAGCUUUUACAGCUCUCGGUGCAAAUUACCCAAAAGAUCCAAGAGAUAUAGAAAGCAUUGUAAGAUAUCAUAUCAUUAAUAAAGCUGCCCAAGUCGAUGACCUUAUCCAAACCAAAUAUCCAAACACAUUACUUACCGAGGGGGUUAAAUUACCUGAUAAAGCAGGUCAGGUUGUUGUGGUUAGGUCAGAUGGCAAUGAUGGUGCUACCAUUAGCGAUGGUCUCGAGAGAGCUAAAGUUGAACAACCUGACUUGGAUGCCAAAAAUGGUUACAUUCAUGUCAUUGACACAGUAUUAAUGCCACCAAAGGGUCCAUCAGAUACCGCCAAGCAAGUUUCUGAAUUAUCUACCUUUUCCCAAACGCUUACCACCAAGGAUCUCAUUUCGGAUGUUGAUAAUGAAAAGGAAAUUACAAUCUUCGCCCCAAAUAAUGAAGCCUUUGAUAAAUUAUCAAGAAGCACACUUGAAUCCAAAGAUUUUAAGGAUACCAUGAAAUAUCACAUCGUUAAAGGUGUUUUUUAUUCUCGUACAGUUGAAAAUGGUACUAGUGCAGAAACUUCCAAAGGGGAAAAGGUUUUAAUCACAAUUUCAAGUGGAGAGGUUUUUGUUAACAAUGCUAAAGUUGUCACCGCCGAUAUUUUGACAAACAAUGGUGUCAUACAUGUAAUUGACACUGUACUUGAUCCAAGAACAACCAAAUCAAAUGCUGGCUCAAUCAAUGUCACUCCUAGUAUUAGUUUAAUCACUGCUAUGUUAUUUGCUUUUUCUUUUUUAAUUUUCAAUUAG